CGGGAGUGGCUUUGGUCGACACUUGGGUGCGUCCUGCCUGACGCUUGCGCUCACACACGGAGUGCAAUGAUCUUAAGUUAGAGCACGGGAGCUGAAACAAUGGACGUGUAGCUCUCCAUGAGACUGAACAACCAAAGAAGAAUCAACAUUUUAAUUUUCAUGUUUUUAAUCUUAAACAAUCAUGACCAGACGUGUCAGACCGGGUUAUUAUCGGCAGGAAAUCAACAAAACCUUAUGGGAAGUACCGGACAGGUACCGUGAACUGAAGCAGGUGGGGACCGGAGCGUACGGAACAGUGUGCUCAGCCGUGGACUGCAGAACCAGAAGCAAAGUGGCCAUCAAGAAACUCUAUCGGCCUUUCCAGUCGGAGCUGUUUGCCAAACGAGCCUACAGGGAGCUGAGGCUCCUUAAACACAUGAAACAUGAAAAUGUGAUUGGUCUAUUAAAUGUGUUCACUGCAGACCUCUCUUUGGACAAGUUUAAUGAUUUUUAUCUGGUGAUGCCAUUCAUGGGAACAGAUCUGGGCAAGCUGAUGAAGCUGCAGAAGCUGUCUGAAGAAAGAAUUCAGUAUUUAGUCUAUCAGAUUCUCAAAGGGCUAAAGUAUAUUCAUUCUGCUGGUAUCGUUCACAGGGACCUCAAACCAGGAAACCUAGCCAUUAACCCAGACUGUGAGCUCAAGAUCUUGGACUUUGGUUUGGCCCGGCAGGCGGACAGCGAGAUGACAGGGUACGUGGUGACUCGCUGGUACCGAGCCCCAGAGGUCAUCUUGAGCUGGAUGCACUACACCCAGACUGUGGAUAUUUGGUCAGUAGGCUGCAUCAUGGCAGAGAUGCUACAAGGAAAACCGCUUUUUAAAGGCAAUGACCACCUUGAUCAGCUGACUGAGAUCAUGAAGAUCACAGGAACGCCCUCUCAGGAAUUUAUCGCAAAACUAGAAUCGGAGGAUGCCAAAAACUACAUCAAAACUCUUCAGACAGUAGAAAAGAAAGACCUUCAGAAGGUUUUCCCCAAGGCCGCACCACAAGCUGUGUCUGUGCUGGAGCGCAUGCUAUUACUGGAUCCGGAAAGCAGAAUAACAGCGGCAGACGCCCUAUUGCUGCCGUACUUCUCAGAGUUUCGGGAACCUGAGGAGGAGACUGAGGCUCAGCCGUACGAUCACUCACAGGACAACACAGACCAGCCCCUGCAACAGUGGAAACGUCACACCUUCACAGAGAUCUUAACUUUCAAGCCUGUUGUACCAGAAUCCAAGGAAACUUCUCUGUAGGACACAAAACGCCCCACAUCAUCAGGUCGUGGGCGGCAAGGUGCUUUCUUUUUGACUCCCCAGCAGCCAUGGUUUGCCUCAUUCACUCACUUUGGGACUGCAGUUGAAAUGUUUGCAGCUCAUUUGACUGCACAGAACAUGGUACCUCGAUUGCAUGAAGAGUCCAGGAUCACUGUUUGAUAGUUAACUCAAGACCAUCAAAUCACUAUAUUGUGUGCAUUUGUUACAGUGGGAUGCCUGGGAUGUGUGACCAGGUAACAAAAUAAGUACCAGGUAACAAAAUAAGUAAAUACUUAGAAAUUUGUCGUGCUAAUGGAUUCGUUAAAUUUGGGGAUUCCUUUCCUGUAAAUAUUUGCAUUGGUUUUAUAUUACCUUCUUUUUUAACAGGAUGUUUGUGGGAAAUGUAUUUUGACACUUUUAUGGGAGCCUGUUUUCGCCACUGAAUGAAAAAAAACAUAUCCCAAUGUCAUAUGUAUGAGAUAAAAAAGGCAAAAUUUUGAGAUAAAAAGUUUAAAUUAUGAGAUAAAGAGUCAAAAUUCCAAGAUAAAUGUCAUAAUUAUGAGAUAAAAAGUUGAAAUUAUGGCGAUAGAAAGUCAUAAUUACGAGAUAGGAAAGUCAAAAUAAUUCGAUUAAAAGUCAUAAUUAUGAGAUAAAAAGUCAAAAUUAUGAAAACUCAAAAUUAUGACAUAAAAAGUCAUAGUAAUGAGAUGAAAAGUCAUAAUUAUGAGAUAAGAAGUUAUGAUUCUGAGCUAAGAAGCCGAAAUUAUGAGAGUAAAAAGUCAUAAUUCUGAGCUAAAAAGUUGAAAGUAUGAAAUAAAGUAGCAAUUAUGAGAAAAAAGGUCUAAAUUAUGAGAUAAAACCAAAUUAUGAGAUAGGAAGGGCAUAACAAUGAAAUAAAAAGUCAAAAUUACAAGAUAAAAAGUUAUGAGAUAAGAAGUCAAAAUUAUGAUAGACAAACUGCACAUGGCACAAGGCACAUGCGCAGUUUGUAUCCCACCAUUUCAACUUUUUAUGUCAUAAUUGUGACUUUUUAUCUCAUAAUUCUAACUUUUUAUCUCAUAAGUUUGUCUUUUUAUCUCAUAAUUAUGACUUACCAUCGUUUUUUUUUUCCUUUCAGUGGCGAAAACGUUUUUUGAUGUGUCUCGUUCCAUCUUUCAUAAUGACGGGCAAUAUUAAUCCACUUCAAUAUGUGUUUUUUUUUCUAUUGUUUACACUUAUUUGUUAAACUAGCCAGUCAUUCUAUUUACCAAACCUUGUUUUUAAACACUCAUACUCACUUAAUUUUUGGUCUAGCACGCUGAAUCAAUAUUCAGUUUAUUAUGCCACAACAAUACAAAGGCUAACAUGCUAAACAAGGCACAAAGGCAUGUCAAUUAGCAUGUAAGGGCGGGCGGUUUGUUAAUAAAAGAAAUACAACAAUUGUGUGACAGGCUGCAUUGUUUUUCAUGAUGUUUAUUGGACCGUGAACAGAAAUGUGUGGUGGUUUGAUGGCAUUUUUAAUGAACUCCACCACCGACAACAAAAAAUCAGCCCAUAUUUUCAGAAAAAAUACACUUCUACAAUAAAGUUGCACAAAAGUUCAGAGGUUGAGCCGCCAUCAUGUCUUUUGUGCUUUUUUUGUCAUGCCACAACAUGGCAGUUUGGACUUUUGGUUUGGUUUCUGCCAUUAUUUCUGAUCCUGUGCUUUUAUUUUGCGAUGUCUGUUUCCUGUUUGGAUUGAAGGCUUCAUCUUUACAUACCUGUGGCAAAUAAAAAAGUAGGCCAACACUGCAACAGUCCUAAAACAAAGAGAGAAAGUGUGGCAAAGUAUUGUGGAGGGGGUCUGCAAUAAUUUGUGCGUACGCAGUGCACAAAUACACACUCACUGCUCCGCUGAAACCAUCAUAAUUAAAAUCCCAAUAGUUAAUUGUUUGUUGCUUGUUGCAGAGGAACUCUUUAUUGCUUUAUUAGCACGUCAACGUGACGUGCUCAUAGUUUCAACAGUGUGUAUAUGUCCGGUAUAGUAUGUAUGUAGUCUGCGGGAGACUGUAAAUGAUUAAUAAAUGAUCUAAUGAUUGCAACAUCACACAAAGUCCUUUCUCUACAGUGAUUGAAAUUAAUGAUCACAAAUGUUUAAAUCAUGACAUUAGUAGUUGAAUAAUUAUCGGUUUCCAUUUAUGGUGACUGCUGACUGAGAUAAGGAAUGAGAUUGAAGAGAUUCCGGAUCUUAGCCUGGUCUGAAGCAGGCUAAUUCCACAGAAUAAAUCUCCAUGGUAAUUUACAUCAUAACAUAUCCCACUUUCCACUAUGCCCCCCUUAAAUUGAGCCAGGGCAACCAAGUUAUCCCGGAUUAAUCCCUUACCCUAGUUUUGUGCAACGGUCCCUGAUAUUCCAGUAAUCCUUCAUUUAUUGCAGUUAAUUGUUUUCCGGACUGGACUCUGAUAAGUGAAUUUCGGCCAAGCAGGAUUUUUUAUUUAUAAAUGGAAUAUUUUCAUAGUUAGAGCAUAGAAAACCUGUUUAUGACCUUCUAAAUCCAGUUUUUAACAUUAUUAGAGCCCUCUAAACAUGAACUAACACCCCUAUAGUCACCUUUACACUCGUAUUACCCAAUAUAGUAGACAUAAUAAUAGAAAAUAAGCCAUUUAAGACAUAAAUAAGACUAUUGCUCAUGUUUCUGUAAAUGUGUUCUGGUGCUAUGGGAAGCUGAGUGAAGGAUGGACAGGGUUCAGAGCUUAACUAGGCAUGGGUUA